AAGUGAUCUGUGCAGUUAGUCUGUUAAAUAUGUGUGUGAAGAUGAUUAAAACCUCCAGAUUCCUGUUUGACAGAUGCAGGGUUGGCCUGGAAAGCGCAGUGCAUCAAUCCACACGACUGGACUCGACGACUGACCGUCUGUCAGAUGUGAACGUUUAUGUGAUAUUUCUAAAAAUGCAUCAUCACCAUCAUCAUCACCAUCAUCAUCAUCAGAGAAUGGCCGCGUUAGGGUCGGAUAAAGAACUGAGCGAUUUGCUGGAUUUCAGCGCGAUGCGAAACAGCGAUUUGAAAAUGUUCCCCACACCAAUGAUGUUUUCCCCUCCUGUCAGCAGCGGGAAGAACGGACCGACGUCUCUGGGAAGCGGACAUUUCUCUGGCUCAAAUCUGGAAGACAGAGCGAGUUCGUCUUGGGGGAACGGAGUUCGUGCCACAAAGAAUUACGCUGACGGCUCUCAGUACGGUCACAUGGCCAGUCGGGACCUGGGGUCACAUGACAGCAUCUCUCCGCCGUACACCAACUCCAGAUUAGCAGGUAAAACGGAGCGAGCAUCGUAUUCUUACGGACGGGACUCCAGCAUUCACGGCUGUCAGUCGAGUCUCAUGGGAGGCGAGGUGGGGAUGGUCAGUCCAGAGACGGUGUCUCCCACCAAACUGGGCUCACAGUAUUACCAGCAUUACGCAGGAAACCCGCGCCGACGAGCCCUUCACAGCGACUCCAUGGAGGUCCAGGCGAAGAAGGUUCGGAAAGUUCCUCCCGGAUUGCCCUCAUCAGUAUACGCCCCAUCCGCCAGCACUGCCGAUUACAACCGGGACUCACCGGGUUACCCGUCCUCUAAAGCACCGGGAAGCAGCUUUCCCAGUUCCUUCUUUAUGCCAGACGGUCAUCACAGUACAGACCCAUGGAGCUCGUCCGGCAGUAUGAAUCAGCCCGGAUACAACAGCAUGCUGGGAAACUCCACACACAGCGCUCAGAGCAGCAGCUACUGCGGCAUGCAUCCACACGACAGACUCAGUUACCCGUCGCACUCGUCAGCUGAGAUUAACCCCAGUCUUCCUCCCAUGUCCAGUUUCCAUCGCAGCGGCGGGACGAAUCACUACAGCGCGGCUUCCUGCUCCACCACCACCAACGGGACAGAGAGCGUCAUGGCGAAUCGAGCGUCGAGCGCAGCGGGAAGCAGCUCACAGACGGGAGACGCGUUAGGAAAGGCUCUGGCUUCAAUCUAUUCUCCCGAUCACACCAAUAACAGCUUCUCAUCCAACCCAUCCACUCCUGUGGGAUCUCCUCCCUCGCUCACAGCUGCCAGUACAGCCGUCUGGUCCAGAAACGGUCAGGGAGCCUCGUCCCCGAGUUACGAGCCGCCGCUGCACUCGCUGCAGAGUCGUAUCGAGGACAGGCUGGAGCGGCUGGACGAUGCCAUCCACGUGUUGCGCAGUCACGCGGUCGGUCCGUCCACAGCGAUGCCCGGCGCUCACGCAGACAUGCAUGAACUGGUCACUCCGUCUCACUCUCACAACGGAGCCAUGGGCGGCCUGAGCGCCGGAUACAGCGGCGGACUGCUGCCCUCCAACAGACACUCGCUCAUGGUGGGCGGCCAUCGUGAGGACGGUUUGAGGAGCGGUCACUCCAUCGUGGCCAAUCAGGUGUCAGUACCACAGCUUCCUGUGUCAGCCACUUCCCCCGACCUCAGCCAGUCUGAUCCGUACAGGGCGCUCUCCGGAGGUCUGCAGGGUCAGAGCACCUCGUCUGUGAGCUCGGAGAUCAAAUCUGAAGACGAGGGAGACGAGAACCUGCAGGACGGAAAAUCUCUGGAUAACAAGAAGGAGGACAUGGACAGCAAGGAUCUGAAAUCUCUAGAGAGCAACAACGACGACGAGGAUCUGACUCCGGAGCAGAAGCUGGAGCGGGAGAAGGAGCGGCGCAUGGCUAAUAACGCGCGGGAGCGUCUGCGCGUGCGCGACAUUAACGAGGCCUUCAAAGAGCUGGGCCGCAUGGUGCAGCUGCACCUGAAGAGCGACAAACCCCAGACUAAGCUGCUGAUCCUGCAUCAGGCCGUCGCCGUCAUCCUCAGCCUGGAGCAGCAGGUCCGAGAGCGCAAUCUCAACCCAAAGGCGGCGUGUCUGAAGAGGCGGGAAGAGGAGAAAGUGUCGUCGGACGGUGCUCCGCUCUCAUUGGCCGGCGGUCACCACAGCAUGGGCGAGGCGUCCAAUCCCAUGGGACAAAUGUAAAGAGCCACACCCCCGUAAAUGGUCGAAGCUGCCAGAAUUCAUCAAAAUGAUGAGCGAUCACUUCCUUUGAUAGCGUCAUUUCUGCCCCGACCGUCCGUCAAACAAUCAAUCGACCGAUCGAACGAACGAGCGAACGAACUUCCAUCCGACCGACCAACUCCUGCGUGUUCCCGUUCCUGACUGCGUCUGUGAGGAUUUAUCCUGUAAAUUAGGGAGUGGCGCCGGAUUCGUUGUGCAUAUCUUCCUCCAAGCAUUCCCUGUUGCAAAAGAAGACGUUUUUAUGUACGAACACACACACGAAAAAGAGCGACGGGCGAUUCUUCAAACAUAUCAUGAUGUUGUGGAGGUGUGGAGGGCAGCCGUCUGAUUUCAAUGGCAAUCCUGUCCACACUGUGGAACUUUUGUAGCUGUGCCUCGCGGAACUCCUUACGGAAAAAUAGAAUUAGGAAAUUCCCAAUCAGUCGGGACGAGAGGAGCUGUCAAUCAAACGACCCAGACGGGAUUCGGCUGCAGAAUUUGACAAAACCCUUCAAACCUUUGCAAUAAUGUUGUUUUAGUUCCUGUGAAACCAGCAGAUCCCGGCAGUGAACGUUCAGAGGCCGUUCUGGAGCCGCUUUGGGCUCGUUUCGCGAACUUUUGCGGAUCACCUACGGAAGUCAUUUCGUUUAUUUGUUUGUUUCUAGCCAUCGACUCUCCCGAAGCCCUCCCGGACACCGAAGAUGCAAUUUUAACAUGUCGAAACUUCAACCAACGUGCCUUUUAGAGCUCAUAUCAUCACACAACUGGAGGAGAACAUUAUCUAGGAUGCAAGCAAGUAGGAAGCGUUAGUCAUUAGGUCUAUGCAGUCAGGUUUUUUACGGCCUGGAGUUUAAAAAAAAAAAAGUAAAAAGGUAAAAAGGUAAAAAAGUAUUUUUUGGAUAAACUGUAUUUAAUGUACUGUACGGCUAUAUGUAAUUAGGAGGUGUGUCCAGCCCUGUGUGGCCCCGCCCACAGCCCCGCCCACCUGUCACCGUCGUUAUUGAGCAUUGUAUUAUAGAUAUCCGCUUUUACGAAUACAGGCUUGUUGUUGAGCCGCAGUAGUACAAAUGUGUGGUUGUAUGUGUAAAAUGGCUUUUUCUCUUUUUUAAUCUCUCUAUUCUUCGUCUGUACUGGUUUCUCUGUCA